GGGGUCGGGGGAGGCUGCGGUCGGAGCCGAAGGCGAGGGCGGCGCCCAGGGAUUCGAGCUGCGCGGGGGAAGAGGGCAGCUGGCCUGGAAUAUAGAGCCUGCCUGUGUGCCAUGGCCCCACACUGGGCUGUCUGGCUGCUGGCAGCAGGGCUGUGGGGCCUGGGCAUUGGGGCUGAGGUGUGGUGGAACCUUGUGCCCCGGAAGACAGUAUCUUCUGGGGAGCUGGUCACCAUUGUGCGGCGGUUCUCCCAAACGGGCAUCCAGGACUUUCUGACGCUGACUCUGACAGAGCGGUCGGGGCUCCUGUACGUGGGGGCCCGGGAGGCCUUGUUUGCCUUCAGCGUGGAGGCUUUGGAGCUGCAAGGAGUGAUCUCCUGGGAGGCCCCUGCUGAAAAGAAGACUGAAUGUAUCCAGAAAGGGAAAAGCAACCAGACUGAGUGCUUCAACUUCAUCCGCUUCCUCCAGCCAUACAAUGCCUCCCACCUCUACGUCUGUGGUACCUAUGCCUUCCAGCCCAAGUGUGCUUAUAUCGACAUACUCACCUUCACCUUGGGGAAUGGAGAGUUUGAGGAUGGGAAGGGGAAGUGUCCCUACGACCCAGCUAAGGGCCACACUGGCCUACUUGUGGAUGGUGAGCUAUACUCGGCAACGCUUAACAACUUCUUGGGCACAGAGCCCGUCAUCCUGCGUAACAUGGGACCUCAUCAUUCCAUGAAGACAGAGUACCUGGCCUUUUGGCUCAAUGAGCCCCACUUUGUAGGUUCUGCUUAUGUCCCCGAGAGUGUGGGAAGCUUCACAGGAGAUGAUGACAAGAUCUACUUCUUCUUCAGUGAGCGGGCAGUGGAGUAUGACUGCUACGCUGAGCAGGUGGUGGCUCGUGUGGCCCGUGUAUGUAAGGGUGACAUGGGAGGCGCACGGACAUUGCAGAAGAAGUGGACCACAUUCUUAAAGGCGCGACUGGCAUGCUCAGCUCCCAACUGGCAACUCUAUUUCAACCAGCUACGGGCGAUGCAUACCCUGCAGGGUGCCUCCUGGCACAACACUACCUUCUUUGGGGUUUUUCGAGCACGUUGGGGGGAUGUGGACCUGUCAGCCGUCUGUGAGUAUCAGCUGGAAGACAUCCAGCGGGUGUUCGAGGGCCCCUACAAGGAGUACCAUGAGCAAGCCCAGAAGUGGGGCCGCUACACUGACCCCGUCCCCAGCCCUCGGCCUGGCUCGUGCAUCAACAACUGGCAUCGCCACCAUGGCUAUACCAGUUCCCUGGAGCUGCCUGACAACACCCUCAACUUCAUCAAGAAGCACCCGCUGAUGGAGGAACAGGUGGGGCCCCGGUGGGGCCGCCCCCUGCUUGUGAAGAAGGAUACCAACUUCACUCACCUGGUGGCUGACCGCGUUACAGGGCUUGAUGGAACCACCUAUACAGUGCUGUUCAUUGGCACAGGAGAUGGCUGGCUGCUGAAGGCUGUGAGCCUGGGGUCCUGGGUCCAUCUGAUUGAGGAGCUGCAGGUGUUUGACCAGGAGCCUGUGGAAAGCUUGGUGUUGUCUCAGAGCAAGAAACUGCUUUUUGCGGGCUCUCGCUCACAACUGGUGCAGCUGCCCUUGGCUGACUGUCUGAAGUACCGAUCCUGUGUGGACUGUGUCCUGGCACGGGACCCCUUUUGUGCCUGGAAUGUCAACACUAGCCGCUGUGUGGCCAUAGGCAGCCACUCCGGAUCCCUGCUGAUGCAGCAUGUGACAAUCUUGGACACCUCAGGCAUUUGUAACUUGCACACUAAGAAAGUCAGGCUAACACCCAAAAACAUAACAGUGGUAGCAGGCACAGACUUGGUGCUGCCCUGCCGUCUUUCCUCCAACCUGGCCCAUGCCCAUUGGACCUUUGGGGGCCGAGAUCUACCUGUGGAACAGCCUGGCUCCUUCCUCUACGAUGCCCAACUCCAGGCCCUCGUGGUGAUGGCUGCUCAGCCCCGUCAUGCUGGGGCCUACCACUGCUUUUCAGAGGAGCAAGGAGCACGGCUGGCUGCUGAAGGCUACCUUGUGGCUGUUGUGGCAGGCCCGUCUGUGACCCUAGAGGCUCGGGCCCCACUGGAAAACCUAGGGUUAGUAUGGCUGGCUGUGGUGGCCUUGGGGGCCUUGUGCCUAGUGCUGUUGCUGCUUGUUCUGUCACUGCGCCGGCGACUGCGGGAAGAGCUGGAAAAAGGUGCCAAGGCAACAGAGAGGACCCUGGUGUAUCCCCUGGAGUUGCCCAAGGAACCCACCAGUCCCCCCUUUCGGCCUGGCUCUGAAACCGAUGAGAAACUUUGGGAUCCUGUUGGAUACUACUACUCAGAUGGUUCCCUCAAGAUUGUGCCUGGACACGCGCGGUGCCAGCCUGGGGGCGGGCCGCCCUCUCCACCGCCUGGCAUCCCUGGCCAGCCCCUGCCUUCUCCGACUAGGCUUCAUUUGGGGGGUGGGCGGAACUCAAAUGCCAAUGGUUACGUGCGCUUACAACUAGGAGGGGAGGACCGGGGAGGGCUGGGGAACCCCCUGCCUGAGAUUGCUGAUGAACUGAGGCGAAAACUGCAGCAGCGCCAGCCACUGCCGGACUCCAACCCCGAGGAGUCCUCAGUAUGAGGGGAGCCCCCCACCGCACUGGCGGCGGGGGCACGUAGGAGGUGCAGCUCCUACUUUUGCACAGGCACCAGCUACCUCAGGGACAUGGCACGGGCACCUGCUCUGCCUGGGACAGGCACUGCCCAGCACCCGCCUGGCCAUGAGGACCUGCUCAGCAUGGGCACUGCCACUUCUGGUGGUUUACCAGGGCACCAGCCUCACAGGAGGCUCCUGUUCCUCUGUGAAUCUUGGCCACAUGGGACCCAGCAGCCAAACUUUUCAAGGCAGAAGUUUUAAAAUUGUGUGUGUGUGUGUGUCCGAGUGUGAGUGUAUGUGUGUGUGUGUGUGUGUGUGAAGGUGGAUGUACGGCAUAACCUUCCUGUUUUAAGUCUUCCCUUGGCCUGGGGUCUUCCUGGUGAGUCUUUGGAGCUAUGAAGGGGAAGGGGUUGGAUCACUUUGCCUCACCCCCCACCUGUCCCCAGCUAGGGGCAGCCAUGUACAUAGUGGGGGAAGCAGGGUGCUAUACCCCUUGGGGGAAGUGCAGGGCUCUGGAUGGGCCUGGUCCUGCUCCUAGGGCUGUGAAUGUUUUUAGGGUGGGGGGGAGGGAGAUGGAGCCUCCUGUGUGUUUGGGGGGAAGGGUGGGUGGGGCCUCCCACUUGGCCCCUGGGUUCAGUGGUAUUUUGUACUUGUCCUCUUCCCAUACUGGGCUAGGAAAGGUUGUGUGGGGGAGGGGGAGGGAAAAGGUGGGCAUGCUGUGGAUACUGACAUCCUCUCUCAGCCCUAGGAAAAGGGCUCCUAACAGUGUAAUUUAUUGUGUCCCUACGUAUUUAUUUGUUGUAAAUAUUUGAGUAUUUUUAUAUGGACAAAUAAAAUGGACAAAAUGAGACGUU